AAGUUUCUUUCCCUUCUGAGUUCUCAGUCGGUCACUCUGAUUGAGUUGGAAUUGAGAAGAGAAGAACGAUUCAACGAACCCUAAGUGAAAUCAAGUCAGUGAAUAAUCAUUCAUUCUUCUUUUAUCAGGUUUGAAUUGGUACAAGUUGCAUUGGAGUUUUUUCUUCUGCAAUGGCUAAAGCUGAAUUAGCUUUUACAAAUAAUGCUGUGCACAAGCUACAGCUUGCACUUCUUGAGGGUAUAAACGAUGAGAACAAACUGUUUGCAGCUGGGUCUUUGAUUUCUAAAAGGGAUUAUGAAGAUGUUGUUACUGAAAGGUCGAUUUCUAAUGUAUGUGGUUAUCCUCUUUGUAAGAAUUCGUUGCCAUUAGAGCGGCCAAGGAAAGGGCGGUAUAGGAUUUCGUUGAAAGAGCAUAAGGUUUAUGACCUACAAGAGACGUAUAUGUAUUGUUCUUCUGAAUGUGUUGUUAACAGUUUAGCUUUUGGGGGUAGUUUGCAAGAUGAGAGAUGCCCAGUAGUGAAUUCGUCGAAGGUUAAUGAGGUUUUGAAGUUGUUUGAGGAUUUGAGUUUGGAAGAAGAGGGUUUGGGGAAGAAGAAUGGUGAUUUGGGAUUAUCUGAGUUGAGGAUUCAGGAAAAAAUGGAUGCCAAGGUUGGGGAAGGGGUGUCGUUGGAUGAUUGGGUUGGUGGUCCGUCAAAUGCAAUUGAAGGGUAUGUUCCCAAAAGUGACUCAUCUUUGAAGCUUCCAGAGAAAGGAGAAGGGUUGAAGGCUAAAAGUGCUAAGCCAAAGAAAGGGAAAGGCAAGGCAGUGAAUGAGAUGGAAUUUACGAGUAGUAUUAUCAUGGGGGAUCAACUUGGCAUUCCUAACAAGUCUUCUGCUGUUAAGAGUUGUUCUAAAACAAUGUUAGAGGAGGAGUCGAAAGUAAAAUUGAACAAUUCAAUUGUCAUAAGUCAGGAUGAAAUUCCUGAAGUAUCUUACUAUGCGUCCAAAAGUGGUUCAGAUGUGAAUGUUACUGAUUUAGAAGAAGAAGAGCUGUGUGCUGGAAUAGAUGCUCUGUUACAAGAAACUGCAUUGAAAUCCUCCUUGAAGUCUUCGGGUUCAAAAAAAUUGACUCGCAAUGUUACAUGGGCUGAUGAAAAAGAAACUGAUACUGGUAAUGAGAGCCAUGGCAACCUUUGUGAUGUUCAAGAGAUGGGUGACUCGCAAGGUAGCGCUGAAAGCUCAGGUAGUCAGACAGUGGAGGAUAUGGACAGUGCCGUACGUUUAGCAUCAGCAGAGGCAUGUGCAAAUGCUUUGAAACAAGCAGCUGUAGUUGUGGCUUGUGGUGAAUCUGAUGCCAGUCAUGCUGUAUCUGAAGCUGGGAUCAUUAUCUUGCCACAGCACAUGUAUGGAGGAGACACCGAGAUGGUUGAGGAUGGCCUCGAACCAGAAUCAGCACCUCUAAAAUGGCCAACAAAGCCUGGUGUUUUUGAUCUUGAGCUAUUUGAUCCUGAGAACUCAUGGUUUGAACCUCAACCCGAGGGCUUUAACUUAAGUUUAUCACCAUUUGCGACAAUGUAUAUGGCACUUUUUGGAUGGGUAACAUCUUCUUCUGUGGCUUAUAUCUAUGGGCGCGACGAAGAUUCUCAAGAAGAGUUUUUAUCCAUUAAUGGGAGAUCAUAUCCUUACAAGAUUGUCUUGAGUGAUGGGCGCUCUUCUGAAAUUAAGCACACACUGUCUGGUUGUCUUGCCCGAGCAUUGCCAGGACUUGUUAUGGAUUUAAGGCUGCCGACUCCAGUAUCCUUCCUGGAGCAAGGAAUGUCCCGCUUGAUAGAGACUAUGUCGUUCAUCGAUGCACUUCCAUCCUUCGGAAUGAAACAGUGGCACCUGAUUGUUCUUUUGUUUAUGGAUGCUCUCUCGGUGUGUCAAAUUCCAGGACUCUCAGCACAUAUGACAGGUACGAGGAUGUUAACACGCAAGGUUCUGGAUGGUGCCCAGAUAAGUAGUGAAGAGUACGAGCUUUUGAAGGAUCAUAUUCUUCCACUUGGUAGGCUACCCCAGUUCUCUACACAAAGUGGAGCUUGACUGGAUAUGAAUUCUAUCAUGAAUCCAUUCUGGGCAUUGGUUCUUCGCGUUGUUAACCAGAUACUGAAGCUAGACGUGAAAAAAACAUGGGAGUUGUUUCAUAUCAAGCAAACUUCGUAAUUAGAGAGAAAUUGAAGGCUACUAAGGGAUCAAAAUUUUGUUUUUACUUUGUUAUUAUUGGAACUUUAGGAGCUUUUGCAAAUGUUUCUCAGAACAUAUUGUUUGAAUAUAUGUUAGCAACUUCAGUCCCCAGUUGACAUUGUAUAAGUUCUAGAGAAAAACGAAACGAAUCUAAAAGCCACGAGUAAAAUGGAUAAUUGUGGUUUAAGCAGUAUAUCAAUAGAUAAAAACUGAAGCUGUUCUGGA